GUGUCACCGGAUUCUUUCCGUUUAGUUGAAUGGCUGGCCGCUCGCUCGUGCCCUACCGAGCCGUAGUACUCGCUAAAAUUGACAUGGAAUGUUAACGUUUGCUGUCUUCAUACCUCAACGGAAAAACAAACGAUUUAACUACCAGGACAUAAGUACAUUUUUUGCAUCCGUCUUCAUAAAGAGCCGACAAUGAUGCGUUUCAUGCUGCUGUUCAGCCGGCAGGGGAAGCUGCGUCUGCAGAAGUGGUACACGGCCACGGCGGAGCGGGACAAGAAGAAGAUGGUGCGUGAGCUGAUGCAGGUGGUGCUGGCCAGGAAGCCCAAGAUGUGCAGCUUCCUGGAGUGGAGGGACCUCAAGAUCGUCUACAAGAGAUACGCCAGCCUGUACUUCUGCUGUGCGGUGGAGGAGCAGGAUAAUGAACUGAUCACCCUGGAGGUCAUCCAUCGCUUCGUAGAGCUGCUGGACAAGUACUUUGGCAGUGUGUGUGAGCUGGACAUCAUCUUCAACUUUGAGAAGGCCUACUUCAUCCUGGAUGAGUUCCUGAUGGGCGGCGAGAUUCAGGACACGUCUAAGAAGAGCGUGCUCAAAGCCAUCGAGCAGGCCGACCUGCUGCAGGAGGAGGAUGAGUCUCCACGUAGCGUGCUGGAAGAGAUGGGUUUGGCGUAGUGGAAGAGGAGGGGAGGAGGGAGGAGGGAGGGAGG